AUGAACGAUAUGGAAGCGUAUGGUGAUGGAUACAUGGAGCCCGAGGAAGAGUGGGAACGAGAAGGAUUACUUGAUCCUGCUUGGGAAAAACAACAGAAAAAAACAUUCACAGCAUGGUGCAAUUCGCAUCUUCGAAAAGCUGGUACUUCGAUAGAUUCAAUCGAAGACGAUUUCAGGAAUGGAUUAAAACUUAUGUUGUUAUUAGAAGUAAUUUCGGGUGAGACAUUACCGAGACCUGAUCGUGGAAAAAUGCGCUUCCAUAAAAUAGCCAACGUAAAUAAAGCCUUAGACUAUAUUGCUAGUAAGGGCGUUAAGUUAGUUUCCAUUGGAGCAGAAGAAAUCGUCGAUGGAAAUUUAAAGAUGACUUUGGGUAUGAUUUGGACAAUAAUUCUUCGCUUUGCUAUUCAGGAUAUUUCUGUAGAAGAAAUGACCGCAAAGGAAGGUCUUCUAUUAUGGUGUCAGCGAAAAACAGCGCCUUACAAAAACGUUAAUGUUCAAAACUUCCAUUUAUCCUUCAAAGAUGGUCUCGCUUUUUGCGCUCUUAUUCAUCGUCAUCGUCCAGAUCUUAUUGAUUAUAAUCGUUUGAGUAAAGAUAAUCCAUUAGAGAAUCUCAAUACAGCGUUCGAUGUUGCUGAGAAGUAUCUUGAUAUUCCACGCAUGUUGGAUCCAGAUGACAUGCGAACUACGGCAAUGCCUGAUGAGAGAGCUGUGAUGACCUAUGUUUCCUCAUACUACCAUUGUUUCAGUGGAGCACAAAAGGCGGAGACUGCAGCAAACAGGAUUUGCAAAGUUUUGAAAGUAAAUCAAGAAAAUGAACGUUUAAUGGAAGAGUACGAACGAUUGGCUUCCGAUCUUUUAGAAUGGAUCCGACGAACUAUGCCUUGGUUAGCUAGUCGACAAACUGAUAAUUCUCUCGCUGGUUGUCAAAAAAAACUCGAAGAGUACAGAACUUAUCGUCGUAAACACAAGCCCCCUCGUGUUGAACAAAAAGCUAAACUUGAAACGAACUUCAACACACUUCAGACUAAGCUUCGGCUUAGCAAUCGACCAGCAUACAUGCCUACUGAAGGCAAAAUGGUUUCUGACAUUAAUAAAUCCUGGAAAGGUCUUGAGUUAGCUGAAAAAGCUUUUGAAGAAUGGCUUCUAUCUGAAAUGAUGCGUCUUGAACGUUUAGAGCAUUUAGCACAGAAGUUUAAGCAUAAAGCUGAUGCACAUGAAGAAUGGACUACAGGUAAAGAGGAGAUGUUAACGUCUCAGCAUUUCCGUCAAUGUAAGCUCAAUGAACUCAAGGCUUUGAAGAAAAAACAUGAGGCUUUUGAAUCUGAUCUGGCUGCACAUCAAGAUCGUGUAGAACAAAUUGCAGCAAUUGCUCAAGAGCUCAACACAUUAGAGUACCAUGACAGCGCUUCCCCAUUCAAUAAUUGGCUAGAUGGAACGAGGGAAGAUUUAGUUGACAUGUUUAUCGUUCAUACAAUGGAAGAAAUUCAAGGUCUAAUGGAUGCCCAUGCGGCAUUCAAAGCUACUCUUGGUGAAGCCGAUAAAGAAUACAACUCGAUUGUAGGCCUAGUUCGUGAAGUUGAAUCUAUUGUCAAACAAUUCCAGAUUCCUGGUGGACUUGAGAAUCCAUACACUACUCUUACAGCUUUGGAUCUUACGAAAAAAUGGAGUGACGUAAGGCAAUUGGUACCACAACGUGAUGGUACACUUCAAGCAGAAUUGCGUAAACAACAAAACAACGAACUCCUCCGCAGGCAAUUUGCUGAAAAAGCCAAUGCUGUUGGACCAUGGAUCGAACGACAACUUGAUGCAGUUACUGCUAUUGGUCUUGGACUUCAAGGUACACUUGAAGAUCAAUUGCAUCGUCUUAAAGAAUAUGAACAAGCAGUUUAUCAAUACAAAGCACAUCUUGAAGAACUUGAAAAAAUUCAUCAAGCUGUUCAGGAAGGUAUGAUCUUCGAAAAUCGCUACACUCAAUAUACCAUGGAAACAUUACGUGUUGGAUGGGAACAGCUUUUGACCUCUAUUAAUCGUAAUAUCAAUGAAGUUGAAAACCAAAUUCUAACUCGUGACUCCAAAGGUAUUACACAAGAACAAUUGAAUGAAUUCCGCAGUAGUUUCAAUCAUUUCGAUAAGAAUCGAACCGGUCGAUUGGCUCCUGAAGAAUUUAAAUCGUGCCUUGUAUCACUUGGCUAUUCAAUUGGUAAAGAUCGUCAAGGUGACAUUGACUUCCAACGUAUUCUUGCAAUUGUUGACCCUAAUAGUUCAGGAUACGUACAAUUUGAUGCCUUCCUCGAUUUUAUGACACGCGAAUCUACAGAUACUGAUACUGCUGAACAGGUUAUUGACAGCUUCCGUAUACUUGCUGGUGACAAGCCAUACAUCUUAGCUGAUGAAUUAAGGAGAGAACUACCACCUGAUCAAGCAGAAUACUGUAUUCAGCGAAUGCCACCUUACAAAGGACCUAAUGCUCAGCCUGGUGCCCUUGAUUAUCGCUCGUUCUCAACGGCUCUCUAUGGCGAAUCAGAUCUUUAA